UAUGACGACAUUGACUCUCGCCGGAUUCCAUCGUGAAUGCAAACCGUCACAUCCAACAUGUAAACGGAGUCUGUUUUGGUUUUGAGUAGUUUUAUGAACUUAACUGCUGCUGUGGCGCCCACCCCCAUGAAACCCUGAAUGUUAGACAGAACAUUUCCAUGAUUUUGUUGUCAGUGAAACCCCUACAUGCUAACUCGCGAAGCUAACGUUAGCUCGCUAAGAGUCUGUGAGCAGCCUGAAGUUUUGGAGGAGUCCAGAUGACAGGGAGGGAAAGAGGUGAAGAGAUGGGGUCUGUCCGGUGGGCUUUUCGCUGUGGGUCGUGGACACCGAGCAGGUGUGACUGGCUGUUCGCUGCUCGCUGCAUCCAGAGAGAGGAGAAAGACAGGAUCGGGCAGUUUGUGUUUGCUAAAGAUGCGAAAUCGGCCAUGGCUGGCAGGUUGUUGCUCAGGAGGUUUGUCUGUGAAAUGAUGGGGGUCCCCUGGUCAGAGAUCAGACUGGAGCGGUCUCCCAGAGGGAAACCUUACUUGGCAGCACCGCUCAAGGUUAGCUCACAUUCAGGUCUGCCCUGGAGUUUCAAUCUCUCCCACCAGGGGGAUUAUGCUGUGCUUGCUGCGGAGCAGAGGGUGCAGGUGGGAGUGGAUAUCAUGAAGAACACCAUGCCAGGUAGCACCUCUGUGCCAGAGUUUUUCCGCAUCAUGACUCGUCAGUUUACAGCGUACGAAUGGAGCGUCAUCCAGUCAGCUGGCUCAGAGCACCAGCAGCUCGCCGCAUUCUACCGCCACUGGGCCCUGAAGGAGAGCUUCAUCAAAGCCAUUGGCACAGGUCUGGGCUUCAACCUGCAGAGGGUGGAGUUUCACCUGUCCUCUGAAUCACUCACACAGGGCCGAGCACUGCGCCAGACCAAGAUGCAUUUAGAUGAGGAAGAGGAAGAGGACUGGAUAUUUGAAGAGAGCUUGCUGGAUGUUGACCAUCAUGUUGCCGUAGCGCUCGGACCAGCAGGCAAUCUAGACUCUGCACAUCAUCCUUCAUCUCUUCCUCCUCCUACAAUAUUCACGCUGCUGUCGUUCAGCGACCUCAUCGCCUCAGCCUCACCUCUGACAGAGGAGGACCCCGCCUACUGGGACAGCUUCAAGAUGAAGGCUGAAGCUCCACAGAGACAGAGAGAGACACACACGUCCAGAUAACCAGACUGUCUCAGACAUGUACCUGUCAUACACACACACACACACACGCACGCACCUCCCAGAAGUGCCAAAAAGAAACACACGUACACUGACACUGAAGCUGCUUUCUCAUUCAACACAAGUCCAGUCAAAGACCUGUCAAAUUUAUUUAUAAAGCCAAAAAUCACAGGUUUGUCUCAAAGGACUUCAGAAUAUAUACAGCAUCUGACACUGUCUAUAUUUAGAUCCUUGGUUCAGAUAACACAAAACUUUUACACACUUGAUAGACACAAACAAACAUAAUGUACAAUACAUCAGAAUCUAAAUGUUAUUAACAUUCUCUUGAGUUUGUGUUUAAAGUAAGGUAAAAUUGUCUUAGAUAAUGUAUUUUAGAAUAUAUCAUUGAUUGAUGUAUGCUCCAACAGCUCUUAAACAGUGCAUUGACUGAAAAACAGUAUGUAUAUUAAUGUACAAUAUGUAUGAUAAGUAAUGCUUAAUUCACAGAUAAAUAGAUGGUGCUAAAUUUCUUUUAAUCAAGUCUCUAUUUGGUCUUAGAUGCAAGGAUCAAAUAAAGUGUCUGUGCAAGGUGUUA